CGGGGCCGCGGUGGCGGCUUCCGUGAAGGAGGGCGGCGGGGCGAACAUGGAUCGGUUCGUGGUGCGCCGCGCCCGCAGCCCGCAGAGCCCCCGCCGGGCCGCGCCCGGGCCCCGCGUCUGCCGGCAGGUCACCCUCGAGUCCCUCAAGAGAGUUGUGGUUGUGGAGGACAUAAAACGAUGGAAGUCUAUACUCGAGCUUCCUGGGCAACCAAAAGAGAACCUGAUGGAAGCUUUGGAGGAGCUGAAGAAGAAGAUACCUUCCAAGGAGGUGUUACUUUCCACUAAAAUAGGUCACACCGUGAGCAAGAUGCGCAAACACCCCGACGCGGACGUGUCCGGCCUGGCCAAGGACGUUUACAGGGAGUGGAGAACCUUCAUCAGGGACCACUCCAACAGGCCCUCCAUUGAGGUCAGGAGCGACCCCAAGACCGAGGCUUUCAGGAAGAACGCUCGGAAGCUGCUCUGCGAAGCCCUGGAAUUAGAGAUUGAUCACCCACUGGCUGAAAAUAUCGAGCGCGAAGCUUUUCAUCUCUGUUCCCGCCUCAUUAGCGCUCCGUACCGCAGGGCCGUGCGAGCCCUCGUCUUCUCGUUAAAGCACAAACCCGAGACCCGGGCAGGAGUCAAGGAUGGCACACUCACUGUCCCUGCCUUUGUACAGAGCCAUAAAAAGUGAGGUGUUGUUCUUGAUCCCCAGGGAGAACUUGCUGCUCCUGCAUCUCCGUGGAACUGGGAGCCCUUCCUGCGGUGAGGGGAGCUGGCUGGGUGACUCCCUGGCACCAUCGACAGGGCUGCUGGAGGGAAGAACUGGUGGUGGAAUGGGUGCUGUAAAUCUGACUCGAUAGAAAUCCACGUGGGCUUGUUGCAGGGAAAGUUUCUUCUGCUCUUGUGAGUAUUUCCCAUCCUUGCUGACUUACCUGUUUCUCUCUUCUGCCAGCUCAGUUGAGCUCCAUCCCUGAUGUGGAUCUUCAGGUGUAAUCAGCUGAAUAACCCUUUUAAAGGAGCAGCUCCGUGCUGUGCUGGAAAUACUGGGAACUAUGGGUAAUUGGUCCAUGGGAGGGGAUUCCUGGGGGAUAAUUGCAAACUCUAGUUAGCCCUAAAUCAGCCAUGUCUGCUGCAGCUGGGCCCUGCCUGUGGCAAGAGCUGUUCUGCCAAGGUGGUUUCCCUUUGCUGCAUUCCAGAGCUGGGUGCAAAAUGGAUUUCAGUAACUUCCAUCAUCUCUGUCAUCAUGUGAUUUGGGGCAUUUUCUAAAGCCCCAAGGUAAAGGUGCUGUCUAAUGCCUCUGCUGUUCAAGGAGCAGCUCGUUCAGCCUUCCAGACCUCACUCAUGAUGUAAACAUGGUGCUUGUUCUUACUGUAAUGUGAAAAAAAAAAACCCAAACUUGUAAUGAAUUUUCUAAAUAAAACUAAGUACUCCUCUUAAA